AUGCCGAAAGCGAACACACUAAAAAAUCGAUAUUACAAACCUACCAGUAGUGAAAUCGAUGAAAUUAUUAGAAGCAUAAUUCCUAAGAAUACCUGUAGAGCAACAUCUAAAUGGGUUAAGAUUUUAGAAAACUGGUGCCAUGAUGUAGGAUAUGAUUAUGGAAUCGAAAUUAUUACUGAUAAAAAUCAGCUUGAAUGUGAAAUGACUGAAUUCAUUUUAGGAAUUCGACAAAUUAAUACCAAUAAGAAAAAUUUGAAUGCACUUGUUAUAUCUGUCCUACCUGAUUCUGAAGAUUUGCAAGGCCCUAAUUCAUGGUAUCUUGAUGAAAGGCUAGACGAUAAAACGUGUAGAUCAUUUAUAAAAACACUAUAUAGCACAGUUGGAAUUAAUAUAGGUGAUCGUGAUAUUGUUAACUAUUCAGGCCAGUCAACUCCUAUUACUUUUCUUUUUCAGAAGGGAGUUCCUAUGGGUACUACUAUGUCUAUUACUAGACAUAAAAGUGAAUUAUCUUACCAAAUUUAUGCACGACCUUCUGAUAAGCAACAUGAAGAUGCAUUAUCAUUACUAAUUGAUAGUGUUGGAACUUUACCUUCUAAUUCUCAAGAAGAAUCAAUUAAUACGAAUAUCAGCUUUUCUCAAGAUAACAGUUUGCAAAGUGAAGUUGAAAUUGAAAUGGAUGCUAUUCCUACUAAGCACAAGAAUUCUUUUGAACCUAUGUCUCUAAUCAGUCCUACCUUGAUAAAACUAUUUCAUCAACCAUUGCAAACAAGUUCAAAAACAAACUAUUCAAUGUAUGUUAAUGCUUUAAAACGAAAUCCCACAAUUAGUAGACAACAAAUUCUCUAUAAAAACUCUUAUGAAAAUAGUAAUAGUACUUCUUAUGAGGAUAGUGCUUCAGGUACUGUCGUGAAGAAUUACUACAUUAAUGCACAAACUGUUAAUAUUAGUUAA